GAGAAGGAAGAAGAAAAAAGAAGGAAGGGAGAAGACAGAAGAAAGGAAAGAGAAAUAGAGAGAGAGAAAGAGAGAGAGAGAAAAAGAGAGAGACAGAGAAAGAAAGAGAAAGCG